UUAAUGUCAAGUACUUGUGUUUAAACAGACACACAUUUGUAACAGUGCAAACUGCCACGGAUGCGACACGUCCUGUUAGAUUUAGCACCAUAAUUGUACUGUGCAUUAUUUGUUUAGAAUUUUAUAUCACAGGGAAUAUAGUUAUUGUGCAUUAUGUCAAAGAAUGUGUUGCUACUGAGCCUUUUGUCAAUGGUAUCGGGUCAAGGUACUUUUUAUGUGCCGACGACUAUGUCAUAUUGGGCCAAUUACGAUGAGGAAUGUGUACCUGCAACACCAAAUGUUGACGCUGCUGUUAGCUAUUCUCCAAGUGUUUAUGAUAUUGAUAAUCCUAGAAUAGAUCUACCGGAUAAUGAAGACGUAUGGGUAGGAUAUUAUCAGGUAGUGAGAGUAUUUGAAUAUAUUGGAUGUGUCGAGCAUCGUCACUUGUUUAGAUUUGACCCGCAGUAUGUCAAAAUAAAAGGCGAUCCAGGACAUUGCUUUCCCGGUUGCAACGAAAGCACAAUCAUCGGCGUGACUAAAACUCGGUGUUACUGUCUUGGAGAUGAAUUCAACUUUACAAGAAACUAUGAAUCAGGAUGUAUAGUAAUAUGUAACCGUCCUACUGUCGCAUGUGGUCAAGAUAGAUCACCGGUGAAAUACAGCUACAUUUCAAUAUACAAAAUCAAUCUACAUGUUAAUGCCAGUUCUAUUUCCGUAUCGUUAACGUCUUCGGGGGACCAGGAUUGCCUACAUUUAGACCCAUCUGUACCAAAACUGUUCUACUGGAGUACAUGCACGUUACGUUUCAAAGCAAUGUGUUUCUAUGAAGGUUCUGUGGGUCGCGUUGAGGAUUUUAGCUGCAAAGGCGUGUCAGAAUACUGUUCAUGGAUAGAUGCCGCAAAUACGUGUUUCUACAAAAGACUUUUCCCAACAUUAUAUUCAAAUUCAAAGGAUCUUAUCAAAGAAACUUCCUCACCGUUAUGGACUGGACUUUUCAAAACAAAUGUGGUUUACAAAUACAAUGCAAAUAUUCCAGAUGAAAGGAGACACGAUAAAAAGCAAUUCGGCUAUUUGACAAAUAAAGGAAACAACAAUGUGAAAUUAAGGUUUGCAGAGGCCGAUUCGAUGAAAAGAGUACUUUGCAUAAAAGACAGAAACAAAAUAAAGACGCAAACGACCCAUGUAACAAAGAGCGAAUCAUUUUCAGUAAAAACAACACAGUUGUCAAGUUCUCCUUCUACAACUUUGCUGAACACAAGUAAUACAGGUUCGAGUGUUACAGUCAGCACCAUAAUAGCAGUCAUUAGUAUAGUUGUUGUGGCCGUUAUUAUUGCUGUGUUUGCAGUAUUGCUGGUGAAAAAGCGGCAUCAGACAACAAAAGAAGACAAUGACACAGGAGAAGCCAGUGAAGAAAUCGGAAUACAAAAUCCACAAAGGAUUGUUUAUGAGUCUUUGGGAGAAAGGCAUGAUGGGGAACACAGCUAUGGAACAGUAAAUAUACAAAAUAGUGCUUAUGAGUCAUUGGGUGAAAGACAUGAUGAGGACCACAGCUAUGGAAAACCAAAUACACAAAGGAGUGCGUAUGAGUCAUUUGGUGAAAGACAUGAUGAAGAACACAGCUAUGGAACACCAAAUAAACAUAGGAGUGCUUAUGAGUCAUUGGGUGAUAGACAUGGUGAAGAACACAGCUAUGGAGCAUCUGCCCAAGCAACAAGCGGAUUUUAUGAGCCAUUAGAAGAAGAAAGAGUGGACACACACAACUAUGAAAUAGCUAAACAGCCCAGAGAAUUAGCAUAUGACUCACAAAGAGGUAAAAUAAAGGAAACACACUGCGAUGAAACAUCACACCAAACAGCUAAAGUUGAAACGUAUGAAUGGGUUGAGUAAACGUACAAAUGUACGCAUGAAUGGAAUGCAAUACACUAAUAUACAAUAUAUAUUAAGUUAAAGCAACUGUGUAUAGAUAUCUCUGAAAAACACUUUUUUAAAUUGUUUCUCAUGAAGAGAUGGAACAGUCGGAAUAUUUUGUAUGUAUUUGAUGUAUUAAUAACAUAUUACAUAUGCAAAGGUAA